CACUUGAUCAUUAUACUUAAAAGAGUGCGACAAUCAAUAUAUUUAUGUAUAACACAAGUUUCUACUUAUGGUGAUGUUAUGAUCUGGAUUCUUUCCUCCCUUUACACUUAUAUUUUCUAAUACCAACAUCUUGAAAAUGAGAAAUCAAUUUUGGAUUUUUCUAUUUUCUCUGCUUCUACUAAACCUCAUAUCCCAAGUACCAUGUGAAGCUACAAGACCGGUAACGAUGAUCCGACCAGAAUCACCAAUUCGACCUGAAGGUAAUACGACGUUCUUGGACGGAACAACAUGGUGCGUGGCUCGACCAAGUGCGUCUCAAGCUGAGCUACAGAGAGCUCUUGAUUGGGCAUGUGGUAUUGGGAGAGUUGAUUGCUCAGUCAUCGAGAAACAUGGUGACUGUUACGAGCCGGAUACGAUAUGGUCGCACGCAUCUUUUGCAUUUAAUGCGUAUUAUCAAACCAAUGGGAACAAUCGCAUUGCCUGUUACUUCGGUGGAACAGCUACACUCACGAAGACUAACCCUAGCUACGGAACGUGCUCCUAUGAUGUGUCUAAAUCAGAAGUCUCCUCCGCAAGAUCUCUAGCAGAGUACAACACACGGUGGAUAUGGCUGAUGUGCAUAGGACUUUUACUGUUUUUCUAUCGGCGAAGCUGACAUCUUCAUCACACAGGAAAAAAAGUCAAUCUUCGUGAGCUAUCAGUUGUGUCGGAAUAUUUUUCCUAUGAGCAAAGAUUUUGGUAUUGUAGCAGUUAAGCUUUGUGUUUAGUUCUUCGCUUCCCUCUUGGGUUUAGAAUCUUACAAAAGUCUUUAUAUUCUUUGCUUACAAUUACCAAAAAGUUAAAAAUCGAUAUCAUAUUUUGAUGUUCCUUUAAUA